CUUGCUUUUUAUUAAAAUUUAGUAGUUAAAAUGACCCCGAAUUGUCACUCAUAAACGCCAACCUGUUAUUGAUCCAUCUGUCAAACGUCACCUAAAUACUUAUAUAAGGGUAAUUCGAUAUUUUAUAUAAGCAAAUUUAAUAUAUAAUCCUGCUCUUAACAAGUAUUUAUCCUUUAGAUAAAAUUAAUUUUGUAUACAUUAUUUUUAUUUUGUAUUUGAAGUAAUUGCCGGUUGCUCAGAUGAAUUCGUGCUGACAAUCACGUGGACGAAGUCGAAUUUUGAUUGGGGUGGAGAUUUAUGCACCUAAUUUUGCCCAAUGAGAACGUACAAUUUAGUUUUGGCAGGGCAAGAUCAGAGGUCACCUUGAAAAUAGGGAAACCUUUGCAUCUGAAGAAGUAGUGUAAAUUAAAUUUUUGUUGUAGCAAGGUUCUUUCAUUGAGAUUAGGAAGAAUCAGUAAAAAUGAUACCAAGAGUGAGCGCUACUGCUACUACAAAAUUCAUAGAAAGGGGCAUAUACAAAGACAAGGGCCUCGCAGUAUUCACAAGUGGAGGUGAUGCUCAGGGUAUGAAUGCAGCCGUUAGGGCUGUGGUACGUGUGGGACUAUACCUAGGAUGCAAAGUUUAUUUCAUCAGAGAAGGAUAUCAAGGAAUGGUCGAUGGAGGUGAACACAUAGUAGAAGCAAACUGGUCAUCUGUUAGUUGUAUAAUACACAAAGGUGGUACUAUCAUUGGUUCUGCUAGAUGUAUGGAUUUCAAGAAAAGGGAAGGUCGCCUAAAGGCAGCCCAAAAUCUAAUUGAAAAGGGCAUCAAUAAUCUCGUGGUCAUUGGCGGCGAUGGCAGUCUUACUGGCGCCGAUUUAUUUAGACAAGAAUGGGGCUCUCUUCUAGACGAAUUACUCAAAGACGGUAGAAUAUCGAAAGAAGGUUUCGAAAAGAACAAAAAUUUGAAGAUCGUCGGUUUGGUUGGAUCUAUCGAUAAUGAUUUUUGUGGUACCGACAUGACCAUUGGUACUGACAGUGCAUUACAUAGAAUUAUUGAAGCAAUUGAUGCCAUUGUCAGUACUGCCUAUUCUCAUCAACGCACAUUUAUUAUGGAGGUUAUGGGAAGGCAUUGCGGGUAUCUGGCCCUUGUGGCGGCUUUAACUUCUGAAGCCGAUUACGUAUUUAUACCGGAAAUACCACCACCGGACGAUUGGCAGACUAAACUCUGCACAAAAUUGGAACAGGAAAGAGCAUCUGGUCAACGUUUGAACAUCAUCAUCGUUUCCGAAGGAGCCAUUGAUAGAAACGGUCAACCUAUAACCGCGGAACAAGUCAAAAACGUCGUUGAAAAGAACUUACACCAAGAUACUAGGAUAACUGUAUUGGGCCACGUACAAAGAGGAGGUAGUCCAUCGGCUUUCGAUAGAGUUUUGGGUUCGAGAAUGGGCGCUGAAGCGGUGAUGGCUCUCAUGGAAGCAGAUGACUCUGCCGAACCGUGUGUUAUAUCUUUAGACGGAAACCAAGCUGUCCGGUUACCACUGAUGGAGUGUGUCAAGCAAACUAAAGAAGUUGCUAAGGCCAUGGAAGAGAAAAAGUGGGACAGGGCUGUCGAACUUAGAGGCAAGUCUUUCCAAAGGAAUUUAGAAACUUACAAACUGCUGACCCGUCUCAAACCUCCCAAAGAAUUUUUCACGGAAAAAGGUCUACGGGGAGAACAAGAUACUGUAUGGGGGUCGGAAGGUUACGUUAUGGCUGUGAUGCACAUUGGCGCCCCCUGUUGUGGUAUGAACGCGGCCGUUCGGUCCUUCGUUCGCAACUGCAUCUACCGUGGCGAUACAGUUUUAGGAAUUCAAGAUGGCAUAGAAGGACUUCUGGCAGGAAACAUUAAAAAAAUGGGUUGGUCCGACGUGACAGGUUGGGUGAACCAAGGUGGGGCCUUGCUGGGUACCAAAAGAUUAUUACCAGGUGGUAGACUGGACGAUGUGGCUAAAGUGUUGGAAGAAUACAAAAUCCAAUCGCUGCUCAUUAUCGGCGGAUUUGAGGGUUUCCAAGCUAUCCUACAAAUGUCGGAGGCCCGUGGCAAAUACGAAGCCUUCCGUAUUCCCAUGAUAUUAAUCCCUAGUACCAUUAGUAAUAACAUGCCAGGUACGGAUUUUUCUCUAGGUACCGACACCGCCCUGAAUGAAAUUACCGACAUUUGCGAUAGAAUUAGACAGUCAGCCCAGGGAACGAAACGAAGAGUUUUCAUCGUAGAAACUAUGGGCGGCUACUGCGGAUAUCUGGCAACGCUGGCAGGUCUUGCUGGUGGUGCAGAUGCGGCCUAUAUUUACGAGGAAAACUUUACCAUCAAAGAACUGCAACAGGAUGUAUACCAUAUGGCGUCGAAAAUGUCCGAGGGCGUACAAAGAGGGCUGAUUCUAAGAAACGAAAAAGCCUCGGACUUUUACAACACCGAGUUCAUCUACCGUUUGUAUUCAGAGGAAGGGAAAGGGCUGUUCAGCGCUAGGAUGAACAUUUUGGGUCAUAUGCAACAAGGUGGAUCUCCCUCCCCUUUCGAUAGGAAUCUAGGAACGAAAAUGGCGACGAAAGCAGUCGAUUGGAUCGUGUGCCAAGUAAAAGGAAACAUGACUGCUGACGGGAGAGUAAAUUGCAUGGAUCCUAAUACCGCUUGCGUUUUGGGCAUCCAGAAGCGCCACUAUUUGUGCACGUCGAUCGAAACGUUGAAAUCACAAACCAAUUUCGAACUGCGUAUCCCCAGAGAUCAAUGGUGGCUGAAGUUGCGUCCUUUGCUGCGUAUUCUCGCCAAACACGAUUCUGUGUACCAGGAGGAAGGCAUGUAUAUGUCGAUAGAUGACAAAAUCAGAUCCCAUAACAUUGAUUGAGUUGAUGUAAAAAUCGAUAAGGGCUCGAAAAACGGUUUAGUCGAAAAUACUUUAGCGCGCCACACGGAUGUAUGUGUUGAUUUAAAAAAAUGAACGGUAGAGGUCGCGAAUAUCAACAUUUAUUUAGUUAAUGAGAUUAUUUUUUUCGAGAAUGAUCUGCUCUAUAUUGGAUGUUUAUUUGUAAUUCGUCUUGUUUCGCUUCUUAAAAGUUUACGCUACAUCAUAAAAUUGACAAUAUCCUAUCUUUAAUACAAAUAAGUGAGUAAGCAGAGUAGAUUUUUAUGAUCUAUUAUUGAAGUUUCUAACUUUUGAGUAUUUUAAAUAAUAUCGAAAUACUUGUAUAUAUAUAACAAUUGCAAAGAAAAGCACCAAAAGAGCGACUCUACUGAUGCAAAUUUAGAGAAAUUUUAUUUAGAUAGAGAGUUAAACAAUUGUUUUUAUUAAGUGUAGUUUUUUAAUUAAGUAUUAUCUUUAUAUAUUUAUUGAAGUGCCGGACGUUGUUUUCUGAACGAUCGGUUGUUAUAGUUUUUUCAGGAAAUAUUUAAACUAUUAAGUGAAAUAAAAUUAUAAUGAAUUUA